AUGUCUUUCUCAAACGGACAAAACGCAAAUAUACCACCUCUUGGAUUCAUAUCGGUGGACGUUGAUAUCGAACGACCGGUAGGGGAUCCUUUCAACGAAGCGACGUGGCCCUUCCCCGUCCUCAAAGAACUGGCAGAAGGCUCGCAACUGAACAACAUCGUCACGAGUGAAGAAUACCCUGAAGAAUUUCUAGAUGGCAUAGUCUCGGCUGGGGAGAAGCUUCAGCAAAAGGGCUGCGUUGGCAUCAUCACCGACUGUGGGUUUUUGGCUGGAGCCCAGAGGGAACUUGCGAAGCGCCUCUCUAUCCCUAUUGCAGCGUCGGCACUAGCCCAAAUCCCUUCGAUCCAGGCUUUUCUGCGUCCUGGUCAAACCGUCGGUGCGCUGACUUAUGACGAUUCCAAGUUGGGUGCCCGCCAAUUGCUGCAGAUAGGAGUCCGCAAUCCAGACGCCGUCCAUAUCGCGGCUCCUCCAGAGAAUGGCUGGCUUCGGGGUCAUAUACGAGACCGUAUACCGUAUGACCAUGCAAAAAUUGAAACAGAAUUGGUUGAAUCUGCCUUGGGCCUGUUGAGGAGGCAUCCAGAUAUCGGGGCGUUCCUGCUGGAAUGCACUCAAAUGCCGCCCUUUGCUGAUGCUAUUCGCAAGGCCACAAACCUCCCGGUGUAUGAUGUUUACACACUCGGAACGUGGUUCUAUUCGGGUUUGACUAGCCAACGACCGCAACAUUGGGGACCUGUUUGA